GGAGUCUACAUCCUGUCGCAUCUCUGCGGGGAAGGAGUAGGACUUUUUUUUAAAUUAGUUUCUCAUUGACUAUUUGUUACAGCCAAGACAUCGAAAUACUCCAUAAAGAUGACGACGACCACCACCUUUCAAGGAAUGAGCCCCGGUUCUAAAAGCAGCUCCAGGGUACUACGACCGCCAGGCGGGGACUCAAGCUUCUCCUUCGGCACAGAUGACAAUGCAACCCCCCAGCGCAAGAGCAAGAUGGCCUCCAGCAUCUUUGCAGAACCUGAGGACCCCCAUGCUCAUCGGAGGAACAAUCCACCCAGCGGGUCACCCACAGGAACCCUGUGCGGGGAGCCCUCAGCCCCACUUAGGAGAUGCCAGCAGCCUCUUCUGUUCCCCAAGAACCCUCAACCGGAACUGACCACCAUCCACAACUCUGGGGCAGCCUUGGUCUGGACCCAGAGACAAGAGGUUGAAAAUGGCCAAGAACAAGCAAAUGAUGAGUGUCCUGACGAUGUGGAGCACCAGGAGCAAGAGCAGCAGAAGGAGAUGCCACAGCCCUCUGACCCGUCGGAUGGUGCCAACGCCGCCACGGGCGGCCGAAGAAACCCACCUGGGGGCAAGUCCAGCCUCAUCCUGGGUUGAGACCUCUCCUUUUUUUUUUGUUUUUUUUUCAUUCGAACGCUUUUUUUAUUUUUUAAAAAUAAAUACCCCCAUCACUCUCUUCCUCCUCAUCGACCUGUCACCUUCUUCCCUCCUUCACCUACUUCACAUGCACUCGUGCUGUCACGUCCACGGACCCCCGUGUCCUCUCCCUCCACCCUCAAACCUUUUGUUUUGAUCCUUUUUUCUAUUAAAAGAAGAAAACUGUUGACAAAAGCACUUUAUGUAUCUCCCCCUCCCCCCACCCUUCCAUUUCAGCCCAUCCUGUAGUGCAUCGAGCCUGCUGGGAAAGGCAUGACGAUUAGCUUGUCCCUCAUUCUUCCCUGUUGUAAAUGGUAAAGGAAAAAAUAAUAAAAAAGAUUUGAUGCGUGGAUUUCUAAAUACAAUAAAGAUUGA